AUGCCAUCCAAAGCUGGUGAUGUUGUACUUCCUUCGACGAAGGAUGUCGUUUCCGCUGUCUUUGGGUCUGUGAAGGAGUACAGUAAGCUCUCUGCGCAACUUCCACUGGAUGACUACGAGUACCACCUCGCCUUUCCGGGAUUCCGCAAGCAUAUUCGCGAUGAUAGUGAAACGCUUGUUGCACUGAUGGAUGCAUGCACACAGCUCCUUCCAAAGCGGCGGCGUACAAGUCUCUGCUCGGAAGAGGAUCCGCGCAGUGGUGCGGUACACCUCGUUGAGGCACAGCGCACUGCUGUUAUGGAGGCAAUCGACUCGCUUCUAGAAAACGUCGACUCUCUUCUCGACGAGGUGAAGGGGCGUAAGCUCGACGCACAGGAGCAGCUCUCCGUCACGUUUGGGUCCGAACUGAUGGCUUUGCAGCAUCGCAACGGGGUUGCUGGUCCUGCCGAAGCAAGUAGUGGGCGCGGAGGUCUGGUAUCUCUGGCCCACAUCCGGCGCCCGCAGUUGUUGUUCGACACCCCUCCGGACAACUCGGUAGCGCCGUUUGUGCCGCACUACUGCGACGCAUCGGGGCAGUAUCACCUUGGGGUGGCUGGGCAGCACCCUUUUGAGGGGGUGAUCAGAGCCUUUGUCAUCCCAGAGUCCCAGCUGCUCCCGCGGGAAGAGGUACCGCCGAUGCCGCUGGACACCUGUCCGCUCUCUUUUGUGGAUACCCCCGCGGCGAUGCAAGCGAUGGUCGCGAAGCUGUUGUUGUCAAGCGAGAUCGCUGUGGACUUGGAGCACCACGACUUCUACAGCUAUCAGGGCAUUACUUGCCUCAUGCAAAUCAGCACUCGCGAGGAGGACUUCAUUGUCGACUGCCUGCAGCUGCGCUCUUUGAUGGGGACUUUAGCGCCGGUUUUUCUGAACCCGUUGAUUCUUAAAGUGCUGCACGGCGCGCGCGAAGAUAUUCGGUGGCUGCAGAAGGAUUUCUCUCUCUACCUGGUGAACUUCUUCGACACUGGAGUGGCGCUACAAACACUGCACAUGCCAUACAGCCUCGCCUUUGCCGUCGACCACUUCUGCCAGGUGAAGUUGAACAAGAAGUUCCAGACGGCCGACUGGCGUGUAAGGCCGCUGUCCGCAGAGAUGGUGCACUACGCGCGGCAAGACACACACUUUCUCCUCUACGUGUAUGACCGAUUGAAGGCACUACUGUUGAACAGCGAGGGCCGCGCCAUUGUUGGUAAUCUGCUCGUGCACGUCUACAAAGAGAGCAAACAGCUCUCCCUACAGCUCUACGAGAAGCCACACGUGGUGCCUGAAGAGACGUACAAGAUUGCGCUGGGCCGCAGCCUUAGUGGACUGAACAAGGUGCAGGAGAAGGUUGCGCGCGACGUAUUCAACUGGAGGGACUCAGCAGCACGUGAGGUGGAUGAUUCACCCACGGCUGUGCUGCACCUGUCCUCGGUGUUGGCCAUUGCCUCUAAGCUCCCAGCGACAGCGAAGGAGCUGCUUCGUUGCUGCGCGCCACCAACGGCGGUCGUGCGCGACAACGUCGCCCUCCUUGUGGACUUCGUUAAGGAUGCCGUUGCGAAUGGCAAGGAUGACGUGGCGGCGAAAGCGCACAGCAUGCGAGACAAUGGAGAAUCAGCCGACGACUGGAACGACGGUGCGAUGACAGCGGCAAAGAAGGAGUGGGAAUUCUAUCGCUCCCUCUGCCCCACAGGCGUGCACCGCCCCAUGACAGGAACUCUGCCUUCCUUGGCCAGUGUGGUUAAGACGGUGGUACCAGCCGAGGUCUCUCAGGCGGAACGCUCCGCCCUUCUCUCGCACACGACGCCGUCACAGUGGUUCACCGCCAUGCAAGCCCUGUCUCGUGUUCUCGCUACUCGUCCACCGCAGCGCGUCGAGCUUCCGGGCGCCGAUGUGUUUGUCGCCCGCCAGACAGCUACAGCAGCGGACCAGGCUGCGAAGGAUGCUGAAGAGAAAAAGACAGAGAGCGGCGCAGUCUCUAACAGCUGCAGCUCGAGCGUCAGCGAGCUGGCUCAGGAAGCCGACGAAGAGGAGUUGACCAUGGGCGCCACCACCGCACAGAGUGCCGAGGACCAAUCGGCACCCGUCAUACCGGUCGACAAACGGGCCUUCUCUAUCAAGCAGAAGUACGGCAUCGGAGGCAAGAGAAAGGCUAAAAAGACUGGCAAAGGAACGUCAUGGCAGGUGAAGUAG